UAGAUGGAACGCUGGAACGCGUUUGAAACAUUCGCUGAUAUAUUCUGUUUUCGAAAUUACCAAAAAAUAUGUAUCAGCCGGAACAGACCUAAACCACUAUAAUGAAAUCAGCGUCAAAAAAUGGGAAAGCAAAACAGUAAACUUAAGCCGGAAGUUUUGGAGGAUCUAAAACAAAAUACAGAGUUCACAGAUGCUGAAAUUCAAGAAUGGUAUAAGGGGUUUUUAAAGGAUUGCCCGAGCGGUCAUUUGUCAGUAGAAGAGUUUAAAAAAAUAUAUGGAAACUUUUUUCCAUAUGGCGACGCAAGUAAGUUCGCAGAACAUGUGUUUAGAACAUUCGACGCAAAUGGUGAUGGAACCAUCGAUUUUAGAGAGUUCUUAUGCGCAUUAAGUGUAACAUCUCGCGGGAAGCUUGAGCAAAAAUUGAAAUGGGCAUUUUCAAUGUACGACUUAGAUGGAAACGGAUACAUAUCGCGGCAGGAAAUGCUUGAAAUUGUUACGGCAAUAUACAAAAUGGUUGGAUCGGUCAUGAAAAUGCCAGAAGAUGAAAGCACACCGGAGAAAAGAACAGAUAAAAUUUUUCGUCAAAUGGAUAGAAACAAAGACGGAAAACUAAGCUUGGAUGAAUUUAUAGAAGGAGCAAAAAGUGAUCCUUCAAUAGUUCGGCUUCUGCAGUGUGAUCCACAGGCACAUUAGCUUAAAAAUUAAUAACACACAAGCAAUAAACAUUUUAACGUGAAUUAAUAAAA